GCCGCUCGUUCCCCUCGUGGGGGGCGCGGCGCGUGCGCCACUUCCGGUGCCGGGAGUGGGCGGAGCGGAAGCCGCGCCGGGCCUGGGGCUGCGGAGGCGCCGGCGGCCGCGCCGGCCCGGGGCCAUGGAGUCCUCGACCUUUCGACCAUCCAGCCUUCUCCAAGGUGAUGACUUCUGUCUCCUGAGACGUUGGAAAACCUAGUUUGGAAGAAGAGUAAAGAUACAGUUGAUGCUGAACUACAGCCAAGGAUGAAGCGGCGAGCAUCGGACAGAGGAGCUGGGGAAACAUCCACUAAGGCAAAAGCUCUUUGUACAGGGAUUUCUGGAAACAAUGCCAAAAGAGCGGGCCCUUUUAUACUAGGUCCGCGCUUAGGUAACUCCCCCGUGCCAAGUAUUGUUCAGUGUUUGGCAAGAAAGGAUGGGACAGAUGACUUUUAUCAGCUAAAGAUUCUCACCUUAGAAGAAAGGGGUGAUAAAGGAAUAGAAACCCAGGAAGAACGACAGGGCAAGAUGCUGCUGCACACAGAGUAUUCCCUCCUUUCCCUGCUCCACAACCAGGAAGGAGUGGUCCAUCAUCACGGGCUCUUUCAGGACCGAGCUUGUGAAAUUAUAGAAGACCUAGAAGCCAAUAGAAUGGUCAGAAAAAUGAAGAAGCGCAUUUGUCUCGUGUUAGACUGUCUCUGUGCCCAUGAUUUCAGUGACAAAACAGCAGAUCUGAUCAAUCUGCAGCAUUAUGUCAUUAAAGAGAAGAGGCUCAGCGAGCGGGAGACGGUAGUGAUAUUCUACGAUGUGGUACGAGUGGUAGAAGCAUUACAUAAGAAAAAUAUUGUGCACAGAGACUUGAAACUAGGAAACAUGGUGCUAAACAAAAGGACUCAUCGAAUAACCAUAACAAACUUCUGUCUCGGGAAGCACCUCGUGAGUGAAGAUGACCUGCUGAAAGACCAGCGAGGGAGCCCUGCCUACAUCAGCCCAGAUGUACUUAGCGGACGGCCGUACCGUGGAAAACCUAGCGACAUGUGGGCGUUGGGCGUGGUGCUCUUCACCAUGCUCUAUGGUCAGUUCCCUUUCUACGACAGCAUACCUCAGGAGCUCUUCCGCAAAAUCAAGGCUGCCGAGUACACCAUCCCUGAGGAUGGACGGGUCUCAGAAAACACUGUGUGCUUGAUCCGAAAACUUCUGGUCUUGGAUCCGCAGCAGCGUCUGACAGCUUCUGAAGUGCUGGAUUCUCUCAGCUCCAUCAUAGCAUCGUGGCAGUCCAUGUCCUCGCUGAGUGGCCCUCUGCAAGUGGUGCCGGACAUCGAUGACCAAGUGGCUAACCCUGAAAACCCCCAAGAGGUGAAGGUGACGGAGGAGUGCUCACAGUACGAGUUUGAGAACUACAUGAGGCAGCAGCUGCUCUUGGCUGAGGAGAAGAACACUUUGCAUGAGGCCAAGAGCUUCCUACAGAAGCGGCAGUUUGGGAACAUCCCCCCAGUGCGACGCCUGGGCCACGAUGCCCAACCCAUGAACCCUUUGGACGCAGCUAUCCUGGCCCAGAGAUACCUUCGGAAGUAGCUUCCCACACAUCCGAGAGCACAAGCACCAUCCUGCAGUCUGCCUUUCACGUCGCCUACUACAGCUCAACAGCAAUACCAGUGUCCCGUGAUGGAGAAUAAUGUAGCAAUUCUUCUGAGCUCUGUUCAGGGACACGCACUCACACUCGCUCUGGAGAGAGAAGACUUCUGAAAAAGCUAGUUUUGGAAGCAGCAACCUCUUGGCAUCUUCUGGAAUCUGUUUUUUAAAUCGAAGCCUAGAUGACUAAUCUGCUUUUAAUCAUGACUGUAAUCUACCUCUCUUGUCUUUUUAACCAUGCUGUUCUCUGGAUCGAGCAAAGCCUGUGGGAAAGAAGACUACCAAGGGUGAAGCUGGUUUGCUGGCGUAAGAGUCGCGCAGCUGUGCAGUACGGAGAGUUGACUGAUUGCAUUCGCUCCAUAUGGUUUGAAUAAGCUUAGAUUUAUCGGGGUUUCUUGAAAGGAAGAAUUUCUUGAAGCUUCCCACUUCCCUUUUCAUCUGCAUCAAAUCUUUGUCCUCCACGUGCCACCCAGUUUGGCUGUGGUGUCCAUCCCUUGGUGGCCGUGUGUGGGCCGCAGCGUGCCGAGGCCUUUGUGAGCGACACGAAGAGCUCCCGGGUACCUGUUGUGAGCAGGGCUGCCCGGAGAGCCCAACCGCCGCCUCGGGCUGAGUCGUCCUUGCAGGCAGUCGCUGCAGAGAAUCGGAUCUUGUCCACAGUUCAAAGGUUUUGCAGGACUCGGCCCGGCGUGGCCUCUGACCUCUUUCCCACCUUUCACUGAUUCUUUUAGUUUCGUAAGGAUGUAUGAUUUAAUCUUAAUUUUCAGUAGCUUAUCUAAGGUGCAGUUAAAAUUGCAUUAAUUCUGAUUUAGCGUUUUCACACUUCAGUUGUGGUACAGAUAUAAUAUAUGAGUUAUAAUGUGAAAAAGCUUCCCAGAAUAAUCUGCCUAGAAUUAGGAAGGGGCUGGCUGAAGUCUCUACUGUGUGUGUUCCCCAGCUUGUCUUGCCGUGCUGACCUGGGGCUGCAUCUGUUGUUCCUGUGUGGUGCUGAGGCGGGAGAAGGAUGUCCCGGUUUGUCACCUAAUGCCACUGGAAGAGCGUUUUGCCUGUGCCGAGAACAGGACCGAUUGUUUCUGAGCCUCAUUUUGUGAACUGGAUGCCUGUCUUGCCAGAUGAUCUGUUCUCGCACAGAGGUCCCAGGGCUCACAGGCAGCGGCUCUCUGGCUGCCUCCUGCCCCUGCUCCCGGCUCCAGCGUCGCCCUCUCUUGCCUGGGCACAAGGAGAGAUGGCUGUGGCCUCGGCUGUGAGGUCUGGCCCUGCUUUUUGGGGUCAGCUCUGCCCACCCAGGUGAGUGCAGGCAGGGAGUGAGUAGCAAUUCUUGUAGCAUGUUGCUGUCUUUUGCCCAGGGUCGGGAAAGCAGAGUGCAUCCAGCCUGAGAAUCCUCCAGCUCCUCCUUGUUGGAGACGUAGGGAUUGACCUGAAACUCCUUGGCAGUGUCGGGCAUUACGUCCUGCCUGCGAACUCGCCGAAGCCGCUUGGCAGCAGCGGGCAGGCAGGGAAUUGUGAACACUAAUACAGACUAGAACAGUUGCACCAACCCCAGCCGGCUGAGCCAGUAGCCUAAAGUCUUAGCCUUAUUUAUUGUAAAGAUGGUCACUCUGUCCCGGCACACCCCGGUGUGUGCCCCUCGCCCUCCUGGGCCACCAGCAGCAGAGCAGCGACCCCAGCCCUUAGCACCCCUGGGCCUGGCCCCCAGCUGGGGCCCUGCUCUUUCCAUCUGGUUUUUCUCCUGUCUUGUUCCCACCUCAUCGUUUUUCUUUUUACCCAAAGUUAAAGCAAUAUUCUGGGGACUCUGCAAGGCUGCGUCACACCCAGUAUUCCUGCGCACCGGUCAUCGCCAGUAAAUCACACUUGUUCGGAAGCAAACUGGAAGAGGGGGGUGGUGCUGGGG